AUGUGGUUCGCCUCCACCAUUGUUGGCCGAGAUGCAGUAGAACAAGCAGAUACUCUGAUUGGUGUGUUCCUUGCAAUCUGCGGCAAUAUCCUUAUAUCGUUUGCUCUCAACAUUCAGAAGCUAGCACAUAACCAGCUAUCAGAACAAGCUUCUUGUAAGGGAUUACAUGGACGACCAGCAGCAGCAGCAACAACAACAACAACACAAACAGUUACCAGCACACCAUCUUGCCUUGGUUCACCAACACCACCUGAUUCACCACAACCAGGUCUCAAAUACACUGAUGGAUAUUCAAAGAGCCAGCAAGAUCCCGAAUGUGUGACUCAAGAAGAGUAUGAUACCAACUAUUUACGAUCCAAAAUUUGGUGGCUAGGCAUUGCCUUGAUGGUGGUUGGCGAGAUAGGAAACUUUAUGGCCUAUGGAUUCGCACCCGCUUCGACGAUUGCACCUUUGGGCACCACGACCUUGGUUUCAAAUGCAAUUCUUGCGCCUGUACUAUUGGAUGAGCGAUUUCGAAAACAAGACUUUCUUGGGAUUAUCUUUGCAAUAUUGGGAGCAGCCAGCGUGGUAUCCAGCUCGAAAAGUCAUGAAUUCAAGCUGUCACCUGAAUUGGUUGCUGCUGCUCUUAUGCAAACACGCUCUGUCAUUUUCUACGCGAUAUCCAUCAUGGCAAUCAUCACCCUGACGCUCCUAUCCCCCAUGUACGGUACAAGAAACAUCUUGAUUGAUCUUGGUCUUGUCGCAUUCUAUGGUGCCUAUACUGUGGUGGCUACAAAAGGAUUGUCAUCUUUGCUGAGUAUGACCUUGUACAGGUUAUUCACGUAUGCUGUAUCGUACGUGCUCCUUGCCGUCCUCGUCUUUACAGCGCUUAUGCAAGUCAAAUACCUCAAUCGAGCCAUGCAGCGAUACGACUCGACAGCUGUUAUUCCCACUCAAUUUGUGCUCUUUACCAUUUCUGCCAUUGCUGGAAGCGCCGUUAUUUAUCGUGAUUUCGAUAAUGAUGAUCCAUCCCACUUGUACAGAUUCGUCCUUGGAUGUUUGACAGAAUUCCUCGGCAUCUUUCUUAUCACUUCUGGAAGAGAUCCAUCCACUCGAAAAGAAGACAACAUGAUCAAUGAAGGUUGCAAGACACACGUUCCUCCUCCAUUGGACAGCUCGCAACCCCUACCAACGAUUGUCACUGAGCCACCCACGCCAACAGCUAUCCAUAUCACGACAUCCACCUCAUCCACAGAAAGCAACCACGACACCGAUAAUGUAUCUGAAAGCACGCCAUUGUUAUAUCCUACGGGUGAUGGAGAUGAGCAUCGACAACGUAGCGUAUCCAGCCAACGAUCAUUAAGGCGUGUGGGCUCUAUAUUUCGGGGAAUAUCAUUGCAUUCACAGCUUGCAGGGGAAGGAUUAAUAAGCGAUGAUGAUCGCACAACGAGCGAGACGUCUCUUUCCAAUGAUACCCAUUGA